UGAGGGAGGAAAAAAAAAAAACAACCUGAGUCAUGAAGAAGGAGGAGGAGGAGGAGGACGAUGUCCGCAGCAGAAGACACGAUGAUUUCCUCCACCUUGGGGGUGGAUCCCUCCACGUAAUUUGAGGCAAGCGCUCAUUUUGCUUUUCCUCCUUCAGCUGUGGGAUGCUUUUAUCUGUGAGAGAGCCACAGCGUCUGCUUUUAAAUGUCACGGUCGACACAGAUCCUUUAGUCGCUCGUCAGGAAGAACACGAACCUUCCUAUAUUCACACACGUUGAGGUAUUUUUAUUUUUCAUUUUUAAAAUUAUUUAUUUUUUGAAGCGGCGUGGAGCGUUAUUGUUUUUUGCGGAAAUCGCCGCUGUCAACACUGAAGAAUGAACAGCAUCAGACACGUGCCCCAGCGGGUGAAAACCAAACGGGUAGAAGCUAACCUUGGAGCAGAGAGGGAACAUUUCGACAAACAGCAGUUGAGCAGCAUAAGUAAGGCCAUCAACUCCACUGAGACACCUGUGAAGGAGAAACAUGCACGACGUAUUAUCUUGGGGACUCACAGGGAGAAGGGAGCUUUCACAUUCUGGUCCUACGCUCUGGGCUUCCCUCUGGCUAGCAGCUCCAUCCUCAGCUGGAAGUUCUGCCAUGUCCUGCACAAAGUCCUUCGAGAUGGUCACAACAAUGUUCUGCAAGACUGCAUGAGACAUCACAGCACUCUCGUUGAAAUUGGAAAACUAUGGGGUAACCUCCAUGACAGAUAUGGACAGCUGGUGGCUAUAUACUCCAAACUGUUGUGCACAAAAAUGGAGUUUCAUGCAAAGCAUGCAGAUAUCCCACCAAACCUGGAGGUCUCAGAUGAAGACCUGGAACGCACUGCAGGAACAGACAUUAAUAAUGUGUUCCAGCUCACAGUGGAGGUGUUUGAUUACAUGGACUCCGAGCUGAGGCUGGCUGAGACAGUUCUCAGACAGCUCAACACAUCGAUUGCCAUUUCCACGUUGACGUCAGGCCAGUGUCGUCUCUCUCCACUUAUUCAAGUUAUUCAGGACUGUAGUCAACUCUACCACUUCACUGUCAAGCUGCUGUUCAAGUUACAUGCCUGUCUUCCUGCUGACACCUUACAAGGACAUCGUGAUCGUUUCUACGACCAGUUCCACAGCCUUAAAAACUUCUUCAAUAAAGCCAGAGACAUGCUAUACUUCAAGAGGCUGAUCCAAAUCCCAAAGCUGCCUGAUUCCCCACCCAACUUCCUGCACGCAGCCUCUCUUGCAAAGCAUGUUAAACCGGUGGUCGUCAUCCCUGACGAGGAUGAACACGAGCAACAAGAUGAUGAUGACGAUGAGCCAGAGCCGCUGAUCGCGGUCAGCGACAUUUCAACAUCCAGCAUGCAUUCACAGCCACAGGAACUUGAUAUAUUUGAUCAGGCGUUUGGACCUCCGAACGGAGGCUUUGAUGACAGAGAUCUUCAAAUUGAUAGUCUGAAGCGUGAACUGGAGCUGUUGAGAGCAGAGCUGGAAAAAGUCAAAGCAGAGGCUCAACGCUACAUCACGCAACUGAAGUCCCAGAUCAACAGUUUGGAGGCAGAGCUGGAAGAACAGCGGGCACAGAAACAGCGCGCUCUUGUAGAAAAUGAGCAGCUGCGCAUGGAACUGGAAGCUACACGUCGCCGAAAUGCUGAACAUGAGAGCUUGCAGACCACGUUUUUUGAAGCAGAAAAAAGAGCUCAGGCUACUGAGCAACGCUACAAUAAGUUGAAGGACAAGCACACAGAGUUGGUGGCCAGUCAUGCUGAGUUACUUCGGAAGAAUGCAGAUGCUGCAAAGAUGCUGUCAGCAACACAACAGACGCAGGAGGAAGUGGAAAGGACUAAGCAGCAACUCUCGUUUGAAGUUGAUCGGAUAAAACAGGAAUGUGACAUGAAGAUGGAAGAACAGAAGUUUGAGAUGGAGAAGCUGAGAAGAGAGCUCGAGGAGAAGAUGGCAGAGGCGUUGCACAUCAAGUCUACUCUGCAGAGCUCUGAGAAAACAUCGGAGGAAAUGAACAGCUCAAUGACCGCUCUGCAGGCAGAGAAGGAGCGUCUGAUGCAUUCCGUCAGUGAGAAGGAGGCAGAACUAUCAUCUCUGCGACAGACUGCACAGGUGCAUCAGUCUUCACUCCAGCAGGAGCGACUUAAGAGCAGCAAGGAGUUGGAAGAACUGCAGAGCAAACUGUUUGAGAAGGCAAAUCAAGAGGAGCAACUGAGGCAGAAACUUCUGGAAGAGCAGUUUGCCCUGCUGCAGGGAACCGUCACAGAGGCUGAGAACAUUAUCCAAGACGCUGUGGCUAAACUUGACGAUCCUCUCCAUAUACGCUGCACCAGCUCCCCAGAUUACCUUAUAAGUCGUGCAGAAGCCACACUGGGCUCCAUCGACAAAGUGAAAAAGGGCCAUGUUGACUAUCUGAGCAACCAGAGCGAUGCUGGAGGGCUGUCGCGAGCUCUGACCCAGUUCUCCCACUUGGCUGCGGAUACAAUUGUCAAUGGCAGCGCCACUGCACACAUGGCACCCACUGACCAUGCAGACCGGCUGACAGAGAACUGCCGAGGCUGUGCCACUCAGAGUCUGCAGUUCUUGAAGGACCUGAAGUCCAAGAAUACCCUCCAGAGGGCAGACCCAGCCUCUGUUCGCAUAAUUGUUCAAAAGAUCCUGCAUUUGGGCCAAGAGCUGCGACCCAAAGGUAUGGAUGUUCGUCAGGAAGAGCUGGGAGAUCUUGUUGAUAAGGAAAUGGCUGCAACAUCAGCAGCUAUCGAGGAGGCAGUCCGCAGAAUUGAUGAAAUGAUGAAUCAGGCAAGGAAGGACACAACGGGCAUUAAGCUGGAAGUCAAUGAAAGAAUCCUUUUCAGCUGCACUGAUCUGAUGAAGGCUAUCCGAAUGCUGGUUGUGGCAUCUACAGAAUUGCAAAAGGAGAUUGUCGAGAGCGGGCGGGGUGCAGCCAGCAUUAAAGAGUUCUACGCCAGGAACUCUCGCUGGACUGAGGGGCUCAUCUCUGCCGCCAAGGCCGUGGGAUGGGGUGCCACAGAGAUGGUGGAGUCUGCUGACAAGGUGGUGCUGCACACAGGAAAAUACGAGGAGCUGAUUGUCUGCUCCCAUGAGAUUGCUGCAAGCACGGCACAGCUGGUCGCUGCCUCAAAGGUUAAGGCAGAACGCAACAGUAAGAAGUUGUCAGUUCUGCAGCAAGCUUCUCGCCAUGUUAAUGAAAUGGCAGCUAAAGUAGUGGCCUCAACCAAGACGGGUCAGGAGAACCUGGAAGAAAAAGAUACCAUGGACUUCUCCGGCCUGUCACUCAUCAAGCUGAAAAAGGAGGAAAUGGAGUCACAGGUGAAGGUGCUGGAACUGGAGUCUCAGCUAGAAAACGAGCGUCUCCGUUUGGGUGAGCUGAGGAAAAAGCACUACAACUUAGCUGGAGUUCCACUGGAUCAGGUUUCCCAGAAUAAUGGUGACGGUGCCGCUCCAGUCUACCCUGGAAACAUGUCACCUAAACCCAACAAACCUGCUAUCAUGAGGAAACCUGCACUAGCGCAGAAACCCAACAUGCCACCCAAAAAUUUGUUUAAGUAAAUGCCUGAGCAGAUGAGGAGCCCGGAAAGCUUCAUGAUGGGAUGUUUCCUUGAAUUUCUCUGAUUGCCUUUUUGUGAAUAGGUGCUUCUUUUAAGUUGCAUGUUGCUGACAAUCCUAUGUUCUGAAUCUCACUCCUGUUUUUCUUCUUUUUGCCAAAACAGAUCAGAAACCUGACUUUUACCUUGAUGCCUUUUGAGGGAUGCACUGUGUCCUUACAGUUUAAUUUUAAAUGUUUAACACUCGUCACUAAACUCACUUUUUUCAUUAUUUGACAUUCACAAUAAAAAACGAAACUAAUGUAAGUCUGUUUGGGAAAUGCAGCAUUACUGCUUUUAUCCCCCCUCCCCAUUACUACGUUAACAGGAAUCAAAAACAUGUCUUGGUAUAUGUAUGUAGUUGGUUUUUCAUGGUGAAGACAUUUUUGCACACAGUUUGAAGCACAUCACCUUUUUCUUAAAGAACACUACUUGUUUUGAUUGCUGAAUAAAAGUGGGGGAAUGUAUUCUGUACAUUUGUGAUGCUGACAUACCUCUGGCUUCUUUGCCUUCAUAAUGGAUCAAGCACAGUUUCUUUUUUGGGUGGGUGGCGGUCACUACAAAGUAGUUUGAGACCUUGAAAUGUGCUUUCUAAGACUGUAUGUAAAGACUGCAUAGGAGUGUGCAGGCUGCACCAAGUAUAAUUUAUAAUAGAAGUGGAAAUCAGUCAAAGUGCAUAUAGACGUGAUGCUUACACAGGUAUUGGCUACAUGUGUCCUUAAUUACCAAAUGUUUCCUGGUUAUUGUAUAAUAUGAAGGUGAUAAAUUCCUCUUUGCCUCUGGGAGUUUUUCAUACAGGAUUUUAAGCUGCAUUACUUUGUGUUCUGUCCUCUGAUCCAUGUGCAGUGUCUUUCUAAACUCAGAUCUAUUAAUAUAUUUUAGUAAACAUAAUGGUGGUUUCUCCUUGUAAGAAGUGUAAAUGUUACUUAUGAACAAUAAAUGUUUGAUUUUAA